AUGGUCGAAACAAUCAAAAUCGAAACAACAACAAUACCAAUAACAACAACAACAACAACCAUACUCAUUCUCCUCAUCCUACCUCUUCUUCCUCUUCCUCUGCCUAUUUUUCUGCCUAUUCUUCUCCUUCGUCACCUUCUUCUCCAUCUCCUUCCCGUCGCCCACUCGUUGUCACCAGACUGGCAGGGUGAGCCCGCUCACUCUGGCAGCCUGGAAUGUUUGUUCCCUUUUAGACAAUUCGAGGAGCAACCGACCGGAACGGAGGACGGCGCUAAUGGCACGAGAACUGGCGCGCUACAAGGUGGACAUCGCCGCACUCAGCGAGACCCGUUCUUCCGAACAAGGCCAACUGGAGGAGGUGGAUGCCGGCUACACCUUCUUCUGGAGCGGUCGACCCAGGGCAGAGCGACGGGACGCGGGUGUCGCCUUCGCCAUUCGGAACGACAUCGUGGGACGACUGCCCUGUUUGCCGCAGGGCAUCAACGAUCGCCUGAUGAGCCUCCGCCUGCCUCUCUGGGGAGGCAAAUUCGCCACCAUCAUCAGCGCCUACGCUCCGACCAUGACCAACCCGUCUAAAACUCGCAUGCAACUUUAUUUUAACUUGCUUUGAUGGGACCCCGACGGGUCUUUAAUAAAAAUUAUCUAUCUAUCUAUCAAACCCCGACGCCGUCAGGGCCAAAUUCUACGAGGACCUGCACGCCCUCUUGGCGACUGUGUCGAAGGCGGACAAGUUGAUUGUCCUUGGUGACUUCAACGCCCGCGUCGGCACAGACCAUACUGCCUGGAGAGGAGUGCUGGGUCCCCACGGUCUCCGUGGCUCAAACGACAAUGGUCUGCUGCAACUCCGCACCUGCGCAGAACACCGCCUCAUCCUGACGAACACGUUCUUCUGUCUGCUGGAGCGAGAGAAGGCCACCUGGAGGCAUCCUCGGUCGCGCCAGUGGCACCUGCUGGACUAUAUCCUCGUCCGAAGGCGUGACCAGCGGGACGUGCUGGUGACGAAGGCGAUCGCGGGAGCUAACGGGUGGACCGACCAUCGCCUCGUCAUCUCGAAGAUGCGUAUUCGCCUGCAGCCUCGCAGGAGACCCCAAGGUAAGCUGAAUGUUGCUUUGUUGUCUUUGCCCGCUCAUCAUCUUCAUUUCAGCAAUGAGCUAGCUCAACGGCUAGACAACCUCCCCAUCGCCGAUGCCGCCGCUGCCGAGAACGCCUCCGUGGAGAACCGCUGGUGUCAACUGCGAGACACGGUCCAGUCGACGGCGCUCGCCGUCCUCGGUCGCGCUCCCCGCCAACACCAGGACUGGUUCGACGACAACGACACCGCCAUCAGAAAUCUGCUAGCUGAGAAGAACCGCCUACACAAAGCCUACGUAGAUCACCCCACUGAUGCCACCAAAGCUGCCUUCUACCGCAGUCGCCGCCAACUUCAGCAACGACUGCGCGAGAUGCAGGACGCCUGGACUGCUCGCAAAGCUGAGGAGAUCCAAGGCUACGCGGACCGCAACGAAUGGAAGAACUUCUUCUCUGCGAUCAAAGCUGUCUACGGUCUGCCGACGAAGGGCACUUCUCCUCUCCUCAGCGCCGACGGCAACACUCUCCUGACUGAGAAGACGCAAAUCCUGCAGCGAUGGGCCGAGCAUUUCCGAGGCGUCCUCAACCGCCCCUCCGUCAUCUCCGACGCCGCCAUCGAGCGUUUGCCGCAAGUGGAGACCAACGUGGACCUCGACCUCCCGCCAUCUCUCCAGGAGACCAUCAGGACCGUGCAGCAGCUCUCCAGCGGGAAAGCACCCGGAUCGGACGCAAUCCCUGCUGAGGUCUACAAGCACGGAGGUCCCCAACUGAUGGAUCACCUGACUGCGCUCUUCCAAGAGAUGUGGCGUCAAGGUGAAGUCCCGCAAGAUUUCAAAGACGCAACCAUCGUGCAUCUCUACAAGCGCAAAGGGAAUCGCCAAGUCUGCGACAAUCACCGAGGCAUAUCCCUGCUGAACAUCGCUGGGAAGAUCUUCGCCCGCAUCCUUUUCAACCGCCUCAAUAACCAUCUGGAACAGGGCCUUCUGCCGGAAAGCCAAUGCGGCUUCCGUCGUCAUCGUGGGACCACGGAUAUGAUCUUCGCCGCCCGUCAACUUCAGGAGAAGUGUCAGGAGAUGCGGACCCACCUGUACUCUACCUUCGUGGACCUGACGAAAGCCUUCGACACGGUGAAUUGUGAAGGACUGUGGAAGAUCAUGCAGAAAUUCGGCUGUCCGGAGCGAUUCACUCAGAUGGUGCGUCAGCUGCACGACGGUAUGAUGGCGCGAGUCACGGACAACGGAGCUGUCUCAGAGGCAUUCGCAGUGACCAAUGGAGUGAAGCAGGGCUGCGUACUGGCGCCUACCCUCUUCAGUCUUAUGUUCUCUGCCAUGCUGAUGGAUGCCUACCGCGACGAACGCCCCGGCAUCCGCAUCGCCUACAGGACGGACGGUCACCUGCUGAAUCAACGGCGUAUGCACUUCCAAUCGCGCGUAUUCACAACCACCGUUCACGAACUCCUCUUCGCCGACGACUGCGCCCUAAACACCACCUCGGAAGAGGAGAUGCAACGGAGCAUGGACCUGUUCUCCGCCGCCUGCGAGAACUUCGGUCUGGUCAUUAACACGCAGAAGACGGUGGUGAUGCACCAACCGCCACCCAACUCAGCCACAGCCCCCAACGCGCCGCCGCAAAUCAGCGUGAACGGAACCCAACUGCAGGUGGUGGAGAACUUCCCGUACCUGGGCAGUACUCUCUCCCGCAACACCAGGAUCGACGACGAAGUCGCCAACAGGAUCUCGAAAGCCAGUCAAGCCUUCGGUCGCCUCCAAAGCACAGUUUAG